CAACCUGGGCUACACGAAACGUUUGCUUUUAAUUAACUAUGUAUAAAGCACUAACGCUAUUUGAGUUAUAAGAUCAAGAAGCUAAAAAUCUGUGCAACCAUCUCAAAUUUGCAGGAAACCCUUUUGUUUUCAUUGCUCUAAUUCCCGACCUCCCAGGAUUUUACGGUCAGGAAAAUCAGGGACUACAAUUCCCAUAAACCCUCUGGGUAGUACCGCCUGCCAGAUGUAACCAGGACUGCGUUCCCUAACGAGCCUCCUGACGUUGCGUUUGUGUUGACCCUGUACGUCCGGAAAUUCGGUUGUUAGAUCUAGCAGCGGUGCAGCAGGCUGCGCAACAAGUACAAAGCGGAUGCUAAGUGCGCGAUUGGCCCGGUGCAUGGUCUCCAUGGCCACUCGCGCGUGUGUGUCGCGGGGCAGCGCGGGAUCGGCGGCUGGCGGGCCAGUGGAAGCUGCUAUCCGCGCCAAAUUGGAGCAAGCCCUGAGCCCUGAGGUACUGGAACUGCGUAACGAGAGCGGCGGCCACGCAGUCCCAGCAGGCAGCGAAACGCAUUUCCGCGUGGCGGUGGUGAGCUCUCGUUUCGAGGGGAUGAGCCCCUUGCAACGGCACCGGUUGGUCCACGAGGCACUGUCGGAGGAGCUGGCUGGGCCCGUACACGCGCUGGCCAUCCAGGCAAAGACCCCUGCCCAGUGGAGAGAGAACCCACAGUUGGACAUUAGCCCCCCCUGCCUAGGUGGAAGCAAGAAAACUCGAGGGACCUCUUAAUACCCGGAUUGGGAGAACAACGAUCGAAUGGGUCGACUAAGAAUAAACUACUCUAUCACUACUACCUUAUUCCUUGAUUUGUACGGACCAGGGCUUCUGCCCUUUCUGCUAAUGUACACCAUGCAAAGGCAAAGAAGCUUCUGGUGAAAGCUUAGCUAGCCCAGGGAGCGAGCGGCCACUCACUCUGCCUGGGCUAGACUAGAGAAAGGCUGCCCAGUCCUGAUGAGUCGGGAAGGGCCAUGAUAAUAAAAGAGAAGCUGGUGCAUGAGGUCAAA